GGAUUGCAGACGACAGCAGCCAUCAGCUGGUUUUAUUGAUGUAAUAAACAUUUUAAAUAACUACAAAUACCACUGUGUUCGUCAUUCUGUUAUAAUAUCGUCGAGAUAGGAGUUAUCAUUUUUUGCUGCACUGUGACAGUUUUUAUACGUGUCACACUAUGACAAGUUUCAAACACUGUCUUCGAAGCACUGGAGGGGUUAUGCAGUGGGGAUUGUUAUGGAAACAUAUCAUACCUCAAUCAAAAAAUAACAUUUAUAAUCAUAUGGACUGUCGCUUUCUUUGUACAACUGGAAAGCACCUUCAUUCAAAUGCCAGCUUACAACCAAUUCAAAUGGCAUUUUCUUCGUAUGAAAAUACCAAGAAUCCAUCACCAGAAAGUAGUAAGGUCUUACUAAUUAUGCAUGGAAUGAUGGGCUCUAGAAGCAAUUGGAAUUCUCUUUCGAAGGUUCUUCACAACAAGACAAUGUGGAAGGUGAUUGCCGUAGAUGCACGCAACCACGGCGAUAGCCCACAUUCUCCAGAGCAUACCUAUGAGCAUUUGGUGGAAGAUAUCCGUCACCUCAUGGGUACUCUUGGUAUCAAAAAAGCUUCUUUUAUUGGUCAUUCCAUGGGCGGAAGGGCAAUGAUGAUGGCUGCUCUCAAAUAUCCUGAGCUUGUAGACAAAUUAGUUGUGGUGGAUAUUUCACCUAUUGGAACCAGCCCUCAGUUGAUGACAAUGGGAAAGUACUUUAAUGCCAUGCAGUCAAUCCGCCUGCAACCAAAUAUUCCACUUUCUGCGGCUCGAAAACAUGCAGAUCAACAAUUAUCAUCAACAAUCAGUGAUAAAGGGUUGCGUGAUUUUCUAAUUAUGAACUUGGUGGAGAAAGGAAGUGGUCAGUAUACAUGGAGAAUCAAUUUAGAUGCUUUGGCUAACAAUUUUAUGAGCAGAAUUGCAACAUUUCCAAAAAUUACAAGCAGUUUUAGUGGUCCAACCUUAUUUAUUGGUGGAUCAAAGUCAGACUACUUGAAGCCAGAGGAAGAGACUGAUAUUCUGAAGGUAUUUCCAGCAGCUGAAUUUGCAUAUGUGAAAGAUGCUGGUCAUUUAGUACAUGUUGAAAAGCCAGCAGAGUUUUUAUCUCUCACUAUAAAUUUUUUGCUGAAAGGAUAGAAUAUUAAAUGAAGAGAUUCAUAAUGUGAUUGGCACAUCUGUGAUAACAGUGGCACAUAGUUAAAAGAUUUAUUUGACCAUUAUAACAUUUUUCUUAAGAGAGAAUAUCCUUGUACAAAAAAUACAACUUAUGGUAUACAAAA